AUGCUUCUGCCCCCAGUCAGCUGGAUGGGGGGCGUGCUGCUGCUGCUGUUGCAGCUGCUGCUGCUGCAGCAGCAGCUGUUAGUGGCUUUUGCUGAGACCGCCGUCACAUCUGCAGCUGCUUUCCCGCUUGAGAGAAGUUAUAAGGGACAGCACAAGGAGGUGUACGUACACCCCAUUGAAGAAGGAGUUGUAGAAGGAGAGAGUUGGGCUUCCCCCGAUCAGAGACAAUCUCCUCUUAGCAGCAGAUGGGGUAGCAGCAAAGCAAAAUCCCUCUUAAACAUUUGGAGGCAUCUAUUCAGCCGGAGAGGAUCGGCAGCAACAGCAGCAGCAGCAGCAGCUGAUGCUGCUGCUAUUGCUGCUGCUGGCGCAGUGCUAGGCGUUGUGUUUAUGCUGCUCUCUUGCGGUUUGUCUAUCUCUCGCAAUACGCAGCCACACGCAACAUGGGUUGCCCCAAGGCGGCUCUCCUCUGGUGCAGAUGGAGACCCCUGUGAACGAGCAGCAGCAGCAGCAGAAGCAGAAGCAGAAGCAGAAGCAGCAACAGGAGAAGCUGAAGCAGGUGGAGAAGGCACAUCGGGAGGUGGCAGCAGCAGUUCGUUGUCUAACGACGCAGUGAAAGGGUAUAUUGAGCAGCAGCAACAGCAGCAGCAGCAGCAGCAGCAGCAGCAGGUCUCAGCAGCAGCGGAACAGGGACAGGAGGGGGAGCAGGAACUGUUGGGGUCCCGAGAGGGAGAAGCAGCAACAGAAGAAACAGUAGCAACAACAGCAUCAGCAGCAGCAGCAGCAGCAGCAGCUCCAGCUCGCGGAAGCUAUUUCCCAGGAGACCCUGUAUUGCAGAUGUUUGUGGAUUUGUUUGAAAAGACUUUCAGUGAAAGUAGAGAAAGAAGAGAUGAGAGCAACAAAAGCAGCGGUAGUUCAAUAGAUGAAGAGACAUCUGAGGAGACACCUGGAGAGACAGAAGAAGAGGUAGAUAUAAUACAGACACAACAAACAGAGACAAAUAAUAAAACAAAGCUUAAAAAUGCAGAAACAAACAAAGACAAAGGAGAGGAUUCAGGAGAAGAGGCAUCAGGCGAAGACACAGAAGAAGAAGAAGAAGAGAGGGGAUUACCUCUACAUAGAGAUACAGACAGAGACAGAGACAGAGACAGAAAAAGAGAGAAAGAAAGAGAAAGAGAAAGAGAAGAAGAAAGAGACAGAGAGAGGGACAGAGAAAGAGAAAGAGAAAGAGAAAGAGACAGAGAAGAAGAAAGAGAAAGAGACAGAGAAAGAGAAAGGGAGAGAGAGAGACAAAGAGAAGAAGACAGAGAAAGAGACAGAGACAGAGAAAGAGAAAGAGAAGAAGACAGAGAAAGAGAACAAGACAGGGACAGAGAGAGAGAGAGAGAAAGAGAAAGAGACAGAGACAGAGAAAGGGACGCCGACAUAGAAAAAGAAAAAGAAAGAGACAGAGAGAGAGACAGAGACAGGGACAGAGAAAGAGAAAGAGAAAGAGAAAGAGAAAGAGAGAGAGACAGGCAAAGAGAAAGAGAAAGACAAAGACAGAGAGAAAGAGACAGACAAAGAAAGAGAGAAAGAGAGAAACAAAAGCAGAGGGAAAGGGAAAGAGAAAGAGAAAGAGAACGAGAAAGAGAGAGAGACAGAGAAAGAGAAAGAGACAGAGAAAGAGACGGAGAGAGAGACAGAGAAAGAGACAGACAAAGAGAAAGAGAAAGAGAGAGACAAAUAGAUAGACAAAAAGGAAGAGAAAGAGACAGAGAAAGAGAAAGAGAAAGAGAGAGACAAAGAGAAAGAGACAGAGACAGAGAAAGAGAAAGAGACAGAGAAAGAGAAAGAGAAAGAGACAGAGAAAGAGAGAGAGAAAGAGAGAGAGAAAAAAACAGAGAAAGCGAAAGGCAAAGAAACAAGCAAAGAGAAAGAGACAGACAAAGACAAAAAGAUAGAGAAAGGGACAGGGAAAGAGACAGAGAAAGAGAAAGAGAAAGAGAAAGAGACAGAGACAGAGACAGAGAAAGAGACAGAGAGAGCAUCAAGGUGGAGACACAGGGAGAAGCCUCAGCACAAGAGCGAAGACGAAGGACAGAUGAAACCGCAAUAGGAGAAAGACAGAGAGCAACAAAGGUAGAGAGAAUAAUGCAGCAAGCAGCUUCCCCUGCUGCUGCAGUCCCAGACCCUGUGGCUUCCUUGCUUGAAGUCGGUUUACCCCCUUUCCCCAGGGCAACCCCUGCAGCAGCAGCAGCAGCAGCAGCAAGAACAGAAGCAGCAGCAACACCAACAACAGAAACAGCAGCAGCAGCAGCAAUGCCAAUACCAACAGCAGCAGCAACAGGAGGCAUAGGAGCAACAGAGACGGCGGCAACAUCGCUUCUUGGAUUAACCGGCCCAGGAAGGAGACGAGGACCAGCAGCAGCAGCAGCAGCAGCGGCAGCAGCAGCUGCAGCAGCAGCAACUCUUGAGGAAGAAGUUGAAGGAGUAGGAUAUGAAUCUGAUUCGUCAGAGGAAGAAGGAGCAGGUGUUUAUGCCGCAGCAUUUCUGCUAGAUAGAGGAGCGAAGGGGGUUGCUGCUAAAGAAGCAGCAGCAAGAGGAGAGCCUACAUGGACAGCUACGCCUCUGCUAUGGCCUGGAAGUCUAAAGCGAACCAUUCCUAAUUCUGCUUCUAUUACAUCUUUGCUGCUGCGGUUGCAGGAGUUGGGGCAGUACUGUCGGGUGUAUGUACACCGUCUUCCCCGCUCUCUAGCAAGAGGAAUUGUAACGCGUAUUGUGAGGUUUGCUGUGGUAGAGUUGUCUGCUUUAAGCUCGUUUACUACUGCAGAAACAGAAUAUCAACGAAUAAACAUUAUUAGGACAUUCAUAAGCUUGGGGAAGAGCGUCGGUGGACGCCCCCAAUGGCCCCCUGUAGCAUGUUGCCCUAUAGACCGUUUGCUAGCGCUUCUAGAAGAGCUGCUGCGGGAUCAUCAGCAUCAUCAGCAGCAGCAGCAACAGCAGCAGCAGAGGGGGCCAGCAGCAGACGAGGACAGAAGCAGCAGCAGUACGGGCACCAGGUCAACGCUUCCUGCUACUGCAACAGCAAUAAGACAUGUUGCUGUUGCCCUCAACAGGCUGCUUCAAAGUAUGGAUAUAGUAACAGGCGCAGUUCCAUUUGCUGUUUCUAGAGUUGAGGGGAAAGUUAUUGCUGCUGUUACCCGGGAGCGGCUGCAGCAUGUUCUUGUAGAUAAAGAAGCAGCAAGUCUGCUGCAGCGAGCACAAAAUAAAGCUUGUCCUAAUCUUAUUAUUACAAAACCAGAUAUGCAGCAAGCAGCAGAGAACCCAAGGAACGUAUCAGAGACCGUUAAGGCUCUGUGCAUAGAUGCUGCAGUUGCUGCAGCACGAAAAGCAGCAAGCGUAGGCGAUUUCCGUGCUAUCAGCAGUGCAGCAGCAGCAGCAGCAGAGGCAGUCACUUUCCUUCCAAGCGAUUUACAGCAACAAGCACCAAAAGCAGAAGCAGAAAGAAAAAGCGCAGAAGAAGAAAAUGAAAAUGAAGAAAAAGAUGAAGAAGAAGAAGCUGCUGCUGCUGCUGCUGCUGCUGCUGCUGACAUGGCCUCGUUCGGAUUUCCAGAAAUACGUCAUAGACAACAAGAGGAGCGCCUGCUGCGGCAGCUGCAGCAGCAACAACUGCAGCACCAACAACUGCAGCACCAACAACAACUGCAGCAGCAACAAUUGCAGCAACGGCAACUGCAGCAGCAGCAACUGCAACAGCAGCAGCACCUACAGCAACAGCAACUGCAGCAGCAGCAACAACUGCAGCAGCAACUGCAGCAGCAAAAACUGCAGCAGCAGCAACUGCAGCAGCAGCAACUGCAACUGCAGCAACGGCAACUGCAGCAGCAGCAAUUGAAGCAGCACCAACUGCAGCAACAGCAACAGCAACUGCAGCAACAGCACCUGCAGCAACAGCAACAGCAACUGCAGCAACAGCACCUGCAGCAACAGCAACUGCAACUGCAGCAACAGCAACUGCAGCAGCACCAGCAGCAGCAGCAGCAACUGCAGCAACAGCACCUGCAGCUGAAGUCAGUGCAGCAGCAACAGCAACUGCAGCAGCAGCAGGUGCAGCAGCAACAGCAACUACAGCAGCAGCUAGAAAGACAGCAGCUGCAGCAACAGCAACUGCUGCAGCAUCAACUGCAGCAACAGCAACUGCAGCAACAGCAACUGCAGCAACAGCAACUGCAGCAGCAACAGCAACUGAGGCAGCAGCAACUGCAGCAACAGCAGCAGCAGCAGCAACUAGAAUUAAAGCAGCUGCAGCAACGCCACCUGCAGCAACAGCAACUGCAGCAACAGCACCUGCAGCAGCAACAACUGCCGCAGAAGGCAUUGCAGCAACAGCAGAUGCAGCAACAGCAAUUGCAACAGAAGGCACUGCAGCAGCACCAGCAACUGCAGCAACAGCAACUGCAGCAGCAACAACAGCCACUGCAGCAACAGCAACUGCAGCAGCAACAACUGCAGCAAGAUCAACUGGGGCAGCAACAGCUGCAGCAGCAGCAACUGCAGCAACAGCAACUGCAGCAACAACAACUGCAGCAGCAGCAACUGCAGCAGCAGCAGCAACUGCAGCAGCAGCAACAACUGCAGCAGCAGCAACUGCAGCAGCAGCAGCAGCAGCAACUGCAGCAACAGCAACUGCAGCAACAGCAACUGCAGCAACAACAGCUGCAGCAGCAGCAACUGCAGCAGCAGCAACUGCAGCAACAGCAACUGCAGCAGCAACAACUGCAGCAGCAGCAACUGCAGCAGCAGCAACUGCAGCAACAGCAACUGCAGCAACAGCAACUGCAGCAACAGCAACUGCAGCAACAAGAACUGCAGCAGCAGCAACUGCAGCAGCAACAGCAACUGCAGCAACAGCAACUGCAACAACAGCUGCAACAGCAGAACGUGGAGCACGAGCAAGUGCAGCAGCAACAGCAACUGCCGCAACAGCAACAGCAACUGCAGCAACAGCUGCAGCAGCAACAAAUGCAGCAGCAACAACUGCAGCAACAGCAACUGCAGCAGCAACAACAGCCACUGCAGCAACAGCAACUGCAGCAGCAACAACUGCAGCAGCAACAACUGCAGCAGCAACAACUGCAGCAGCAACACCUGCAUCCGCAACAACUGCAGCAGCAGCAACUGCAGCAACAACAACUGCAGCAGCAACAACUGCAGCAGCAGCAACUGCAGCAACAACAACUGCAGCAGCAACAGCUGCAUCCGCAACAACUGCAGCAGCAACAACCGCAGCAGCAACAGCUGGAGCAACAGCAACUUCAGCAGCAGCAACUGCAGCUGAAAGCAUUGCAGCAGCAACAGCUACAGAAAGCGAAUGUGCUCCUCAUGCGGCUGCCUUUUCCCAUGUCAAGCAUGCAUCGCUACCAUUACCAGCAACAGAUGCAGAUGCCGCUGCUGCAGCAGCCCCAACACCAGCACCUGAAUGAGCAGCAGGAGUUGCUGCGUCAGCAGCAGCAGCUACAAGCGCAGAUAUUCCAGCAGCAACUGCUGGGCCAGCAGGCUCAGCUGCGGCCGGGGCUGCUGCAACCCGCGUUGCUUCGUCUGCAAGAGAGCCCGCAGCUAAGGCAGCAGCGGCAGCAGCGGCAGCAGGAGCAGGAGCAGCUGCUGAAGCUUCAGCAGCAGUUAUCGCGGAUGCAGCAGCAAGGAUCGGAGGGGCCCCCCGCAGAAAAGGCGGUAGAGAGUCAGGAGAGAGGCUAUGCUGCUCCAGGUUUGUUGAGGGCAUUGAAAUCUACUGGUGAGUCGCUGUUUCUGUCUCCUGCUGCUUCUUCCUCCAGCAGCAGCAGCAGCAGCAGCAGCAGCAGCACUGGUUACAGCAGAGAAGUGAUGGCGCUUGAUCUCAGCGAACAAGGAGACAGCGAUAGCGAAAGCGACGAAGACAGAGACAGAGACAGAGACAAAAAAAGAAGAGGGGUGUUUGUGGGGUCAGACUUCACAGCACCUAUUCUGCCAGGUAGGGGAAAAGACAACAGCAUGCAAAGGCAGCAACUGCAGCAGCAACAACGCCGGGAACAGCAGCAACAACAGGUGCAGCAGCAGCUGCAACAGCAACAACGGCUACAACAACAGCAACAACUGCAGCAGUUUGUACUUCUCCAGCACCCGUCGCAGCAGCUGGUGCAGCAGCAACGGCGGCUGCAGCUGCAGCAGCGGGUGCAGCAGUUGCCGCAGGAGCAACAGCUGCAGCAACAGCUUCUGCAGCCAGGAAGCAUGCAGCAGCAGCACCUGCAGGAGCUGCUUUUGCAGCCAAGAAGCAUGCAGCCGCUGCAGCACCUGCUGCAGCAGCAACAGGUGCAGGAGCUGCAGCUGCAUCAGCAGCAGCAGCUGCUGCAGCAGCAGCCGUCGCCGACGCAAGCGCUACAGAAGCAGCUGGAACAGGUACAGCGGCAACUGAACAAGAUGCAGCAGCAGCAGCAACAGCUCCUACAACAGCUGGGUCGUCGCCAUGGCAAACAGCCGCAGCAGCAGCAGCAGCAGCUGGUGCAGUUGCAGGAGCAUCUUUCUGUCUUCUCGCCCGGUGCUUCCGUUGAUUAUAGGGCGCCGUCUGCGGCUGCCGUCGGGCCCUUCGUAGGCUCUGACUUUACAGCGCCUGUGCAACAAGCAGGGCAAGGGCGAGAAAUUCAGCAGCAACAGCAGCAGCAGUUGGCUGCUGCUGUUGGUACUGCUGUUGGUGCUGCAAGGAGACCAAGAGUUCCUCCUGGGUUUGGGGUCGGGCUAUUAAGCGGUUUUGGUUUGGGAGGACGCGAAGGAUUACGAAGGCAAGGGGGAGACAUACUGCAGCUUCGGGAGCAAUCGAGGGCUGCUGCUGCAGCUGCUGAUGAUGAUGCUGAUGAUGAUGAUGCUGAUUAUGAUGAUGAUGAUGAUGAUGAUGAUAGUGAUGCUCCUCCAGGUGCCCCUACACCUCGAGAGGAGAUUUCUACGGAACCCCAACGCGUCGCCGAAACAACAAUGCAAAGUGUCGGUAGAGUGCCUCGGGAAAAGAGAGAGGAUCAGCCAUCACCCGCUUCAUUGGAAGAUAUUUGGAGAUGGGAUGAUAGACAAGGGGGCUCUGCUCGCCACAGUCAGCUACCAGGAUGGUUCAUAUCAGGUGAAUAUACACCCCAAACACAGACAAGUAGAAGAAGUACCGCGUACUCUUCAAGUGCAUAUACACCUCAGAUGCCACCGACAACACCAGAAACUGCAGAUCAGUCAAGUGUACAUACACCCCAAACAUCGCCAGAAGACCCCACAAGUGACGGUGGAUUCUUGUCGUUUCCCUGGCAAUGA